AUGGUGGAGUUGAGUACUCACUUUUCCCAACAUCCGGAAGACAUGCGCGGGAAUACUGAACAGCCCCACAGCUCAUCGUGUGUGUCCGAGCAUUUUACCCAAAAAUUGUGCCAAAAGCGGGGCCAGGUUAUUUGUCACGAUGCGGCCGCACAUUCAGCAAGGCUAACCGACACGGAGAUGUUGGACUGUGACACCGUUGGAAAUCGGCGCAUUGCAAUUCUCACCGUGCUUGUCGCAAUUGAAACCGUUACGCACGACCUCUGCAGAGAGGUCGAGGGUUUGCGGGACGUUGAGCUCCAGUAA